AUGGCUAAAGUUCACGGUUCUCUAGCUCGUGCUGGUAAAGUUAAGUCUCAAACUCCAAAGGUUGAAAAAACUGAAAAGCCAAAAAACCCAAAGGGUAGAGCUUACAAGAGAAUGUUGUACAACAGAAGAUUCGUUAAUGUCACCUUGACUAACGGUAAGAGAAAGAUGAACCCAUCUCCAAACCAAGGUUAA